GAUAGCCUACUAAUUAUUAAUUAAUCUGUGACUCCACAGAUAUACUACGUGACUCUAUAUAAGGUUUAUUUCUUUGUGAAUUCCGUAAUUGAAAUUUUCAUAAAAAGUUGUUAUUCAAAUAAUUGACUGUGAAGUUGUAAUAGAUAGUAAUGCCAUAAAUGUUGUGUACACAGUGCACUAAAUAAAAACUUUUAUUCAUAAACAUAGUUGUUUCAUAACCUAUGCAGAAUGGCGACCGCAUACGGUAUACAUUUAGGUAAUAAUUCAGGUUGUUUAGCAGUAUUUGCCAAUGGUGCCGCAUCGGUAUUAGCUAAUGAUGCGGGAGACAGAGUGACACCAGCUAUUGUUGCUUUAAAUGGUGUCGAAUGGGAGAUUGGUCUACCAGCGAAGUCUGGACAAGCUUCUUCUAAGUCCAUUAUAAAACACAACAAACGUCUCAUGAACAAUGAUUUUAGUGAAGAUGAUCUCACUUAUGUCGAGAGCACUUCAUCAUGUCGGGUCCAAAAUGAUGAUAAGCUAGUGUACGAAUUCGAAACGUCCGAAACAAAGCUCUAUUCCAAUCCAGAUAACAUAGCAACAAAGAUUUAUGCCAAAUUGUACACCAUUGCAAGUCAUUCCGUACAAAAUGAAGGAGAUCUAAAACUUGUAUUAGCUGCACCGUUAAACUGGUCCAGUGCAAGUAGAGAACGAUUAGUAAAAUGUGCUGAGUUAGCUGGAUUUGACGUUUUACAAGUUAUCAGCGAGCCAGCAGCUGCUUUAUUAGCAUACAAUAUUGAAGAUUUGCCAGAAGAUGUUAAUGUCCUUGUUUAUAGACUUGGAGGAUCCACCUGCGCUGCAUCUGUUGUCCAAGUAUCAAGUGGGUUUAUGUCAGUAGAGAAAAAUAUUUUCCGAGCCGAUCUUGGUGGACAAUGUCUCACAAAAGACUUGGCUGACUAUAUAGCACAGGAAUUCAGACAAAAAUGGAAGUUAGAUCCUCAAGAAAGCCGUAGAGCCAUGUCUAAAUUGUUACACCAUGCUGACAACUGUAAGCAUGUUCUGUCGACAUUAAGUUCAGCACAUGUCAAUAUUGAGUCUCUAGUGGAUGGUGUUGAUUGGAGUCAAAAUGUGACAAGAGCAAGGUUCGAAAAUAUUAUAUCAUCCAAGAUUUCCUCAUACAUAGAGCCUGCUAAAAAAGUCAUUGAGAAUUUUGAUGGGAAAAUAACUAAAAUUGUUCUAUGUGGUGGUAGCAUGAAGAUACCUAAAUUACAGUCGGCAAUAGCAAAUUUGCUGCCAGAAGCUGAAGUCCUCUCAGGUAUUAAUCCUGAUGAAGUUAUUGCUGUUGGCUGUGCUAAACAAGCUGGAAUGAUAUUGGAUUUGCCUGAAUUAUCCUUAACUGAUACUAGUACUGAAGUUGAAUUCCUAGGAAAGGAUAUUUAUUUGAAGUAUUUGGAUCAGACAGUAAAAUUGUUUAAAGAAGGAACACCUCCAUUUGCUCAUAAUGUUUUUAACAUUGAAGUUGAAAACGAUGCAAAAGAUGUCAGUUUCACUCUUCAUGAUAAUCCAGACAAUGCAAAGUUUGCUGAAGAGAUUUUUAAUGUAGAAAACUUAAGCAAGCCCUUUAAGUUAAAGGCCACAUUACAACCAGAAAAUAUCUUACUACAGGUUGAAUAAUUUAGAAAUUGAAAUUGCAUUUAAUUGAUAAAUAAAUUGUUUUUUAUAACUCCAAUC